UACGACAACGAUAUUUUUCAUAGCACAAGUCAGUGGUAAACGACAUGAAGGUGCACAAAAUAUUGCGAUUUGAUGCUUGCUUGAUUACAUGUUUCUUUAUUGGACAAAUAUGGAGCAAUGCGCGAGCCGAACCUUUCAGGAAGGAAUGUGCUAGGAAAGGGAUAUUCAAGAAAAAACAGAAAGAUUCAUCAUUGCAAAGCCAUGUCAUUAAAACUAUUGAGGUCAAUCACCUGGCAAUGUGUACAAUCGCUUGUUUGGAUCAUGCGCAAUGCAAGUCAUACAAUUUCCAAGAAACAGAAAACCCUCUGAAAUUAUGUGAACUUAGUUCUUCUACUAAGGAUUCAUCAAGUUCAGACGUAAUAUCUCGACCAGGGUACUCAUAUUACGAUGCUCAGGAUGAACCUCCGUGUUACUCAUCUUGUCCAGGUGAAAAAUGUGUUUACACCUGCUCAGGACCGCCUACUUGUAAAUGUCCCGAAAACAUUUAUUACCCAGUUUUUCAAGGACGCCAUUGUGAAUACCCAUAUCCAGCAUCGUGUAAAAUGGUGAAAGACAUAGGUUUUAAUCAAGGCGAUGGCGAAUAUCAACUGUAUCUUUUACAUCCCACCUGUUCAAAACCAGCUCGAGUGUAUUGUGCUGAUAUGGACACAGAAAAUCCGUUGGAAUAUGUCACAUUACCUGCUGGCAGAACAACGAACUAUGGUUUUAAUAAUCGUCGGCCACCAGGAAGUGCUCAUACUUGGCAACAUGGUAAAACUGGAUACAAUAAGAUUCGUCUUAAUGUCACCUCGUUAAACGUCAUGAUACAAGACUCCAGAUUUUCUACACAAAUGGAAGGAACGGAAGUAGUGGCAUACGGAAGAGCGGAUGACUGUUUGUAUCAGCGUAGCUGUACUGGAUUUGCAACAGUAAAAGUUGGAAUCACUGAAGCGAAUCUCGAUGGAACUGAUUUUCAAUUUCCAUCGUCUAUUCCUUAUCGCAUUCAUGCAUGGCCAGCUUGUGCCAAAGUGUUGAUCAAUCCAACCAUGAGUGGGGACCGAAAAAAAUGGUCAGUUCGUUGUGGUGGUCGCUGUGGGAGUUGUCAGCCUGACCCUCUUGUUCUUCAUGUUGAUGGUUGCUAA